GACAUGAACAAAGUGAACGGCGAGGGAGGAGCUGAAGGCAUAAGAACCGCCCCAGCAGCAUCAGGCUGAGAGCCCUCCACUGUUUGCCGCUGCCAAAGCGAGCAGCAGGACUGAGAACUCCCCAAAAACUCCACACAACUUUUCCCACCGUGUACUUGUGAUUGGACAACCGCUGCUUCUUUUCUCGUCUUCAUCUACAAACCGGACAUGUUGAAACGAGGACAAUAAGUGCACAAAGAGCUUUAAUGGCCUAAUGACCGAUUCAAUUCUGAGCCUCCAGAGGCGGCUGUUGUAGGAUGCCAGUCUCCUCUGAGUCCAGUGCUGUGGCGCCCCCUGUCGUGUGAGUGAAGGAACUGGGUGGUGGUGGAGGAGGAGGAGGGGGCGGCACGAGGCAGCAUGGGCACCGCGCCGGAAGAAGGCAUGAACAUGGUGAUCGUGGCCCAUUACAACAACUCGGGCAAGUGGGAGCGGGUCCGCGGCGCCGGCGCGUGCAAGACGGCCGUGCUGCUGCUCAUCUGCGUGCUGAUCGUCCUGGAGAACCUGACGGUGCUUCUGGCGCUGUGGAGGAACAAGCGCUUCCACAGCCGCAUGUACUUCCUCAUCGGCAACCUGGCGCUGUCCGACCUGCUGGCCGGCGUGGCCUACGUGGUCAACAUCUUCACCUCGGGGAGCAGGACCUACUUCCUGACGCCGGCUCAGUGGCUGGCCAGGGAGGGGAGCAUGUUCGUGGCCCUCAGCGCGUCCACCUUCAGCCUUCUGGCAAUCGGGAUCGAGCGCCACAUGACCAUGGUGCGUCUUCGCCCGUGCGAGACGGCCGGCCGCGGACGCCUCCUGGGUCUCCUGGCGGCCUGCUGGCUCGUCUCGGUGCUGCUCAGCGCCCUGCCCAGCCUCGGCUGGAACUGCCUGGACGACCUGGGCUCUUGCUCUACUGUGCUGCCGCUGUACGCCAAAAGUUACGUGGCGUUCUGCAUCAGCGUCUUCAGCGCCCUGCUGGUGGCCAUCAUCAUCCUCUACAUCCGGAUCUAUCGCCUCGUGACGUCCAGCGGGCGCAGGGUGAGCAGCCGGCCUUCCGAGUGUUCCCUGGCUUUGCUGAGGACCGUGGUGAUCGUUCUCGGGGUGUUUGUGGUGUGUUGGGCGCCCCUCUUCAUGCUGCUGCUCCUGGACGUUGGCUGCAGUCCCAAUGGGUGCCCCGUUCUCUACGAGGUGGACUGGUUCAUCGCCCUGGCUGUGCUCAACUCGGCCCUCAACCCUCUCAUCUACACGCUGUCCAGCAGGGAGAUGAGGGCGGCCUUCUUCCGCCUGCUGUGCUGCUGCCAGAGUGGAAUGGAGUCCACCGGGAUGCCCGCGGCGGGUAACCCCAACCUGGGCACGGCGGGGCCCACUGCCGAGAACAGCAAGAGCAGCAUGGGGGGCGGCGGAGGGCUGGGAAAAACCACCCUGAACAGAGGGGUCAACUCGGACGAGAAGCACGGAGAUCCCGCCGCCACCGCUCUGCCUCACCCGGCGGGACCCGCCGAGCUGCUGUCGGCCGUGUUGGUGAAGGCGGGGGCCCUCAGCAAGUUCUGACACGAAGCACCUAGAAAGCCAUAACAUUAGGCACACCUGCGCCGCCUAAUGCCAUGUUUUUCAAACUUUAUGAAGGCACAUAUUUUACAGGUGACAAAAGAGACCAGGCAAAAAUGCCACAAAAAGUAAACGGGAAACCCUUUUGGACCAAGCCAGACCACGAAUCGUGGAAAAACCACAAGCAAUUGAUGGCAACAUUUUUUUUUUUCAUUUUUCACAAUCAUCUGUUCAAUUCAUUGAGUGGCUUACAGUUGGCGAAAAAGAUAAACCUGUAAAAAUAAAAGGAACCCAAUUCUAGAUUAAGAGAUGGGGUGUUUUGGCUGCCACACAGUGUAGCUUCAAGGGUCAGAGUGCACUAUGGUCACUGUUCUAAGGAUGACAACACAAGAAAUCAAUCCAGAAUCUAGACUAAUGAAAGCCACUAUGUAGAACAAAUGUAAAGUGAACCAAUUUUUUUUUUGGUAUUUAAAUAGUUUCGUGUUUCCAACCUUACGUUGUGGCAGUUGUUUUUUUCUUUUUAUGUAGAAGCUACUUGGGCACUUUUUGUUUGUUGUUUGUUUGUUUGUUUUGCAUGUGCUACAACACCUGCAUUUUCCCCCCUCCGCCCCCCACAACUUGACUAGUAUUUAUUUUCUGUGAAAACAUUUUGUCGCUUAAUAUACUCACCUGAGGUAGAUUUUGUGCUCUGUGUGCAUAAAAGCCGUCAUGGUACUGGGACUGUAUGCUGUUCAAUGGGACGAUUUGAGAAAAGAUGACGAAAGAAAGGGAUAUAUAUAUAUAUAUAUAUAUAUAUAUAUAUAUAUUUUUUUUUUUUUAGAGGAUAUGAAGCUGCCGCUGCUGUAUCUUUACCACUACUGGUGCAAAACCCCCAUUUCUCCUGAUGGUGGCGUCAGAGCAGCACUUCUCAAUCGUCAUUUAUCUUAGAAACCACUCAGACGUCAACUAACCACUAGUAGUGAUGAGCAGUGUUGGAUGGGAGUGAUUUCAAAGUGGUAGUCUGGUUCCAUUAUAGAGUCAAUAAAAUCUAAAUCCUA